GUUUAUUAUGAUUGCUAGUUUAUAACUGUUCGGAUCUAUUAUAGAUUUUAUAAAACUUUAUUAUCAUAUUGUACUGUAUCAUAUUGGAAAAUAAUAUUACGAAAAUGAUUUCCACAAAGUGUUGUGUCCUAUUUGUUAUUUUCAUAUUCCAACAUAAGAUGCUCAUGUGCGACGAUAAUCAUAAAGAAGAACGUGAAAAACUACUAACACAGUUGAAACAAGUGAGUAAACUUAAUACUGGAUAUAAGACGCAGAACGAUGAGUUAGCAGUAACCGAUUUCACUAGUUUAUCUAAUGAAAACCUAAGGCAAGCAAUAACAUCCAGAUUCGACCAACUGAAAUUCAGUUAUCUUUUCAGUGCGCAUUAUCAUUUUUCAAUAGUAGACCAAAUUUUUCAAGCAGCAGACGAUUCUUUACUAGUAACAGAUUUGAUUUCAUUCUUAGACGAAUCCGUGAAAAUGGUUAGUACUUUUAUAGAUGUAAAAGGAAUACAGGUGUCAGAAGUAUGGUUAGUUUACAAUCACACAAUAACCAUGAGCAAAUGCUUUCAAUUACCUUUGAUAAAAAGGUGGAUACAAUGCGGUAUUCGGAAAAGUAUAAUGCAUCAAAAUAAUUUCGUUGUCACUGAACUCAACAAAUAUCUGGAGACUAAUAAUUGUUACGGUGAAAAUAAUUUCAUCAUAAAUUCUGGAAAGUUAGUUACAUAUGAUCAUAGCGCACGUAAGUUAAUUCUUGAUAAUAAAACUUUGCUAAAUCAAUUACACAAGGGCAAUCUGGAAAAUGGCCUUAAAAGUUUUAUCAACCCAAACAUUAAUGAAGCAUUUUUAAAAACCGCAAUCGAAGAAAUAUAUAUUAAAUUUCUAAUCCGUUUUAGAACAUAUGCAUCUUGUUAUGUAUAUGAAUAUAAUUGGAAUAUAUUGAAUCAAGCAAUGAAGCCUUAUUUAGAGUUUCCUAAACAUCAUGGUUUCAAAGGAUUACUCAUGUUUGGAAAACUUAAUUUAAUGAUUAUUGACAUAUUAAGAUUUGUAUUGUUGCGAACCACAUGGCAAUUCUUAAUUCAAUUAAAUAAUAUAAUUAAGAACAACUAUAACCCGUAUGUUCAUUGUACUACCGGAUUAAAAGAAAGCGUCAAUUCUUAUAUAAGAGAUUUUCAAUUGAUAUUACAAAACGGUAUUGAUUUGUUAAAUUUAAAUGAUGACGAUAUCUUCCAUGAACUCAAUACUAUCUUAAAAAAAGGUCUGCAUCCAUUAGAAUAUAUGGAACCAUCAAACUUUAUUCAAUACCAUUUAAGUACAGCAAAAGGAUUUAUUAAUGAGACUAAACGCUACAUUGGAGAUUCGCUCGAGUUUAAAUUAUAUCAAUCAUACUUGAAGUUUAUCAGAGACUAUAGCGAUCGUAUUUCGAUGUUUUUGAAUCCUAAAACUGUUGAAAAACCCGUUUAAACGUUGUUUUUUAACUGCUAUGAUCUAUGCAUUUUAUUAAAUGGUAUUAAAAAUAAUUAUUGAAA